CGUCAAGCUCAUCUUCUCCCCUCUGAUUUUUCCGCCGCCUUCUUCCGAUGCUUAUCAGCCGCCGGUGGGAUAUUUUUCCUGGCCGCCCUGAUCUUUAUCUACGCGCGUCGUUCUCUUCUCCAACCGGCCAGCAAUCCAGUUCGUUCGGUGCCUGCUCUGCUCGACGUUUCUCUGCUCCAGCGUCCAGCCUGCAAGCAGCCAAGCUUCCUCGCGUCUCCUAUGGUCGAGCGCCCUCCCCAUCUCCUUCCUCGCCCUCAGCUCGGACCGUGUCCUGCUCUCAGCUCCCUUGCCGUGGAGUUCUCUGUGUACGUUCUGGUUCCUGCUCCCUCUCCUAUGGUGGCCGCGAGCUCCCCUGCCCCAUGAUGCCGUCGCCCUCAAGCUCGUGCCCCGCUCGCCAUGGCCGCCGUCAAGUUCCUCCCUGAAGCUUCCCUGCGCACGGAUCUCUCCUUUCCCCUGCUCAUCUUCCCCGCGCGCGCCUGCUCUGUCCAUGGCCGCGUCCAGCCUCUCCAGCACCCGGCCGGAUCUUCCAUGGUGCGCGCCACCUGCUCCUCCCUGCCCCAGCCGCGUUCGACCAAACGUUCCUGCGCCCUGCUCGCUCCCUGGAGCUUCUUCCUGCGCACGCGCCGUGCUCUCAGCUUGGAAUUCCCCCGUUGUUCAGCUCAUCGCGCCCGGCUGUUUCUCCCCUGCGCGCAGCUGUGCCCUCUACUCGGAUUCCUGUUGGCCGCGCCCCCUGUUCCUCCGGGCCGGUCAAGUUCUUUCCGGCCGCGAGCUCUCUCAUGUGCGCGUUCAGCCGAGGCUCCUGCUCCCCACGCGCGUCCCUCGGUAUCUGCUCGGAUUUCGGCCCUGCCCAGCUGUUCCUCCUCUCUGCUCGCUCUCCUCCAUGGUCGUUGUGGGCUCGCCGGCGUGGUCCCUGCCCUGGCCGCCGUGGUGGCGCGCGCUGCUCCCCUGAGCUCUCCUCUGCGCACCCGGCCUCCAACUUUCCUCCCAUAGCGCCCUGCUCUGUUUACUGCUCGUCGCUCGCUUGGAAUCCUUGCUGGCGCUCAGCCCCGUUGUGCGCAGACGAGGUUGCGUCGUCAAGCUCGUCGAACCUCGUUCUUCUCUGCUCGAUCUCGUCGAACCCCGAAUCCAGAUAUUAGACAAAAAUAAGUGAGGUCUCUGUGUAUCGCUUAUCAAGUACUCGAUUGAAGACUUCAAUCGAAGAUCGUCGCCGUUCCGCGCGUCAUCAAGAAUCCCAAGAAUCGGGUGAAGACGAAGCUAGCAGCGCGAUAUUCCCCAAGCGCUCGACAAUUGCCUGGAUCGGAAAAUCACUACCGAUCUCGCGGAUUCGAGUCAGCUAUUGAAACGGUAAGCUGAUAAAUUAUCCAAAAUAGUUCGAUCGUUGCAUAAAUUGAUGUGCU